AUGUUAGCUCACAAAAUAAGUGAUGCAGAAAGAACUACUGAUGUUCUAACAUGCUAUGACACCUCUUUUAAUAGUAUGAUGCUCUCAACAUAUACUCUAAAUGGGUUAACUAUGACUGGGUUUUCUAAACCCUCUCCAAUACAGCUCUUGGGUAUACCAUUAGGAAAGUUGGGUUUUGAUCUCAUACUAGAAGCCAAAUCUGGAACAGGUAAAACUGUUGUUUUUUCCACUAUAGCAUUAGAGUUACUUAAUCUACAGAAAGGAUUACAAGUUAUUAUAGUAACUCCAACCCGUGAAAUUGCUGCACAAAUAUGUGAUGUUAUAAAACAAAUUGGAUCUCAUUUUGAAGGUUUAACAACUGAAAUGGUAAUAGGUGGUCUUCCUUACAGAGAAGAUGUGGAAAAGGUAAAUAAAAAUGUUCAUAUUUUAAUAGGAACUCCAGGACGUUUAAAACAUCUAAUAAAUGACAAACAUAUUAAUACAUGUGCUGUACGUCUUUUUGUGUUGGAUGAGGCAGAUAAAUUAAUGGAGAAUAGCUUUCAAGAUGAUAUAAAAUGUAUCCAUAAAGCUUUGCCUGGUAAAAAGCAAGUUAUUUUGAGUAGUGCCACUUUCCCAGAGAGUAUUAAAGAAGUUGUUGAUGAUUUAGUUGAAGAGGCACAACAUGUUUGUCCCACUACCAGUAAUGUUCUUCUUGGUAUAACCCAUAAAGUUACUUUAGUUAAAUAUAACAGUAAUAUUGUAAAACAAACAGAAAACAGAUUCAAUGAGCUGGCUAGAAUAUUAUCAGAAAUAGAAUUUAAACAGUGUGUUAUAUUUUGCAAAUACCAAGCUAGAGUGUCACAAUUGCACAAAAUGUUAAAAAAAUCAAAUUGGCCAUCAGAUCUUGUAUAUGGUAAACAAGCACAGACGGUAAGAUUAGAGGCACUGAAAACACUACAAGAAUACAAAUGCCGAAUAUUAAUAGCAACUGAUCUGGUAUCGAGAGGCAUUGAUGCUAAAAAUGUUAAUUUAGUUAUAAAUUUUGAACCUCCUGAUAACUGUGAGACAUAUUUACAUAGAAUCGGUAGGUCUGGAAGGUAUGGCUCCAUUGGAAUGGCAGUUUCUAUAAUAAGCGAAGGAGAGGAAUUUGUAAAAUUUAACAAAAUGCUUGAACCAAUAGCACAUACAAUAAAUAUACAAAAUUUUUGGACCAAAGAAAAUAUUACCAAUAACCAAGAGAACAAUACAGAAAAAAAGCCUUCAAUGAAGAUUUGUGAAAUAAGUAAUACAAAAAACAAUGAUGAGUGUAAAGGUGACAAUAGCCUAUGGAAUUCUUUAGUUGGGAAUUUAGAUAAUUCUGGAAAUUUGGAAAGCUUUGAUCAACUUUGUAUUUCAUAUGCAACAGAAGAUAGCAAAUCAAAAACGAUAGCAUCAUUCUCAGAAUUAUUAGAAGAUUACACAAAUGAUGUAAAUGUGGAAUUAGAAGACUCAACAUAUAAACAUGUAGAAUUUGAAAAUGUUUCACAUAAGACAUAUUUUGAUGCUAUACAUAGGUGUAAGCAAGAAUUAGACAUCUUUUCCAAUGAUAUUGGACAUAAAAUAAGAACUAGUACAGAAAAACUACCAACAGUAGAAAAUUCAACACCGAGUAAAAGAAUUAAUGAUAGCAAAAUAAAUAAUAAACACAGUCCUGAAUACACAUCAUACACAAAUACUAAUGCAUUUCUCACAGAGUUACCUCAGUCAUUUCAUAAAACGAAAUACAAAUAUGGCCCAAAAAAUGAAAUUAAGCACAAUACACUCAAAAAAAAAAUUACGGAACAUAAUGAUUCUUAUUCCGCUAUCCAUAAUGGAGUUAAAACCUAUGAAAGCGUGCGAUAUCAGAAUCAGUUAGAUGAUAAAGAAGAAAUUAUAAAAGCAGAUGGCUGUAGGAACAUAUUAGAUAAAGAAGUAAAGAAUAAUUUUAGCAAAACUAAAGACAUCAAUUAUAAGUUAAAGACAGGCAAAGAAAAAGAUUUUAAUAUUCAAGAAACUCACAAUAAAAGGAAUAUAAGAAAAGUACAGGCAUAUUGUGAAUGGUAUAACAAAUUGAAAACUACAACUAAACAAAUAGAACUAUUAUUGUAUAUGGAAGAAAUGUCAAACUACUGA